AUGUACACAUACUGCUGCCUGGCGCCUGGGCAGGACGUCUGGCCUCUGCUGCAGCACCUCACCUACACCUACCUGCCCGCCCCUCCGCUGCUGCCCCCCAUUCAGGCCCACAACUUCUGCAGCCGGCCCCCGAGCCUGAGCGCGGGCGAGUGGGCGGCUCCGCGGGAAUACCACUGCUUCCACGCCACGGGCGCGACGCUAAUGGUCACGCCGCCCUUGUGGGCCUUCCCGCAGGCCUACGCCGCGGCCCUGCAACCGCCGUUCCCAGCGCCCAGCUACCCAGGGCCAUCACUGCAGGAGCCCGCAGCUGCGGGGCUAGCGGCGGUCGAGAACGGGACUCAGUGGCCGGAAGGCGGCAGCCUACAAGCUGAGCUGCGAUGGGGCCUCGUGGAGCGUGCGCUCGGGCCGCGCCUCGAGCUGCCGGACUUCGUGCGCCGGGAGCUGCGGCGAGCGUACGGCACGUACCCACGCACCGACGUGCGCGUCACCUAUCGCGGCGGCGAGUUCCUGCUGCAGGGCGCGCCGCGCGUGCGCGAGCCCGAGUACCGUACGGAGAGGCGAGUGCUGCGCCGGCCAGCCAGCAGCUGCAGCGGCGACAGCAGCCCCGCGGGGGAAGCGGCGGAGCGCGGCCGCCGGAAGAAGAGGAGAGACUUGAGCUGAGGGCGCCGCGAGGCCCGGCGGCCGGCCAGGGUCCAGACCCUUGAAGUCUCUCAACUUACCCCAUCUCAGGACUUCCCUGGUGGCACAGUGGUUAAGAAUCCGCCUGCCAAUGUAGGGGACAUGGGUUUGAGCCCUAGUCCGGGAAGAUCCCACAUGCUGCGGAGCAACUAAGCCCAUGCGCCACAACUACUGAGCCUGCGCUCUAGAGCCCGCGAGCCACAACUACUGAGCCUGUGCACCACAACUACUGAGCCUGCGAGCCACAACUACUGAAGCCCGCGUGCUCUAGGGCCCACGUGCCGCAACUACUGAGCCCGCGUGCCUAGAGCCCGUGCUCUGCAACAAGAGAAGCAACUGCAGUGAGAAGCCCGUGCACCGCAACGCGAAGAGUAGCCCCCGCUCGCUGCAACUAGAGAAAGAUUGCACGCAGCAAUGAAGACCCAACACAGCCAAAAUUAAUUAAUUAAUUUUAAAAAAAGAACUAAGUACACAUCCCCAAAAAUUCCAUUCACAGGAAUUUAAAAACAAAAAAAACACUUCCCCCAUCUCUCAGAAUCCGCAUUGCUCACAUUCUUCCCCCAAGUCUUCCACAUAUGCCCUGGAAAUGCCCAGAGACUGCACACAAUAUACCCUUCUCCCCCAGCUCCAGUGAGGGAGGAGGCCCCCAAUUACAGGCUUUUUGAAGAAAGUACUGCCACUCAGCUCAGUCCAACAUGCCAAUCCUUCCAAACCCCAGUGCUUGCUCCAGCCCUAAGGAUGUAAGGAAGCCCUGCAGGGAACCUAGAUGCUUCUUUGUUUGAUCUUUUCUUUGAACUUAACCCUUAGAAGCUUAGAACUCAUAAAGCAUCUGGGCUGCCAGGGACUUUACUGUUCACCUGGCCCAACCUCCUCAGUUAACCUUACACUGGGAAACCAAGGCCAGAGAGGAGUGACUCACCCAAUGUCACACAGUAGGUGGGAAUCCAGAGCUUCUAGAUCCCAGCAGGGCUUGGGCUACCAAACUCAUCUUGAUGGCCUUCUCCUCCUGGCCUUGCCCCAGCUUUACCCAACCCUGGCAUCUGGUCUAGAACCCUUUGCUCAAUAAACCCUGACUGACCAAUUUUAAACCCUAUCCUACCUCCCAACUGGGUAGCUCACAUCCUACUGAAGGGAGGAUAAUAAGAAUCAUAACAGGGAGUUCCCUGGUGCCCCAGUGGUUAGGAUUUGGUGCUUUCACAGUGGAGGCCCAGGUUCGAUCCCUGGCCAGGGAACCAUCCCGUAUGCCAUGUGACAUGGCACAGCCAAAAUA